AUGGUUUGGUCAGUUGUAUUUCAACGUCUUACUGCUUCCACUGGUGCUAUUGUCAUCCUUGGUAGCAUUGCUUUGGGGGCAUAUAAAUUGCGUCAAUCAAGUGAUUCGUUACGAGGACGUGGAGUGUAUUGGAGGAAUCAAGAAAUGGAAGAUUUCAUACAUU